AUGAAAGGCGCGGGCAACGGCCUUCCAAAACACCCGUUACAACGGUCCGCGACGAUCCGCAGCGUCCCCAGCUUCGGAGUCCAGGACUCGAGCCCAGGGAGCCUGGAGAGCAGCCAGACAGUGCAGAGCAACGCCACCAGCAAUACCUCCACGAUGGGAGACGGACACACAGGGACGUCCCCCAACAAUGCAAGAAUAGCCAUAGAAAACCACGUCGAGACGCCUUCGAAAUGGGGGAACUCUUUGGGGAGCGUCCGAGUGGUCGAGCCUGCCCCCUCACACGACGCCUCCUUUACAUCAGAGGGCGGGGACCAGCAGGAUGGACAGUGGGACUCGACAGUCGGAAAAGCAGGGUUGGGAAAGACGGGACGUGUCAUCAACAAACUCGUCAGCGACAAUGACUCCUUGAAACGAGACCUCAAGAUUGAGCGACUACGGGCGGAAGAGUCUAAGCAAGCCGCCAAGUUGCUGGAGGAUAAGAUGGAGCGCAUGGUGAGCGAGUAUGAGGGACGGCUUCUGGAGGCAAACGUGACCAAGACCCUACUGGCUAGAAAGGAGAGGCAGGUCGAAAGUCUACAGUCCGCAAUGGACCUUGAGAAGAGCAAAACGCUUGCGGCUCUGGAGCGGGAAAAAGGCUGGCGCAGUGAGCUGGAGCGAACUCAGAAGGAUUCGACGGUACAGGUGGAAGAGGCCACGACCCACGCACAGCUGAUGGAGGGACGUUACAACGCGAUAUCAUCACACUGGCGGAACCAAGGCGACGAGGUCAAGAGGGCACUGGCCAAAACCAAGGUCGAAGUCGGCAAGAUUGUUGAGGAGAGAAAAAUCGACGACAGCAAGAUCCAAACCCUUCGAGAUCUUUGCGACCAACAGGACAGCAAUCUAAAAGAGCUGCGGCGUGAGAAGGAAGAGAUUGCGCAAAAGUUUGACGCCUACAAGCAAGCCCAGGAGGAUGGCCUAAAGGACAUUAAAUCCAAUGCGAAGGCGCGCGAGGAAGAGCAGCAGCGGAUACUUGACGAGUCUCGGGAGGUUCUCCAUAAGCUCAAGUGGGCUCUGAACGUCAAGGAAAACGUCAAGGGUGCUCAAUAA